AUGUCAAUUCUGGGCCCUCUUGUCAAGGUGGCAGACGCCAUCAAUGCGCUCAACGCGAAAUAUACAGCGCUGACUUUCCAGGAGCAGAAAGCCUUGACUGUUAUGGAAAGAGUGCGUUUCUACAACUGGACGUUCGAGUUCUGGGCUUUGGGCCUUUUGGCGCUAAUUUACGUGUUCCACGUCAUCGGGACAAAGCUCAACAAGAACCGCGCCGAUAACAUAUUUGCGGCGUUGACCCAAUGCUUUGAUGAGUUAGCGUUCGCCAAGGUCGGGUUUUCGACCAGGACCAGCAAGAACCAGCCAUUCGUGGCCGAGAAAAACAAUACCUGGUUCACCAGUUUUGCUACCGGCCGUUCGUGCGUUGAGAGUAUCACUGUGCGUGCCCGGUUGCUUGCGCGUUUCAACCCGCUUUCGAUCGUAAUGGAAAAAGCUUUGGGCAUGUUUUUCCCAAGCUUGGUCGCGUCUGACAUGGACGAGUUUGUCGAUAUCACCAUCAAGGCCAACGGAGUGUACGUGGCAAGCACCACUGCGGACUUGCCUAAGUCGCCCAAUGACGCAGCCGCCGUUUUGUCCAAGUUCAAGUUUAUCGCUUCGAUUGUCAACAAGUCCGACAUGACCAAGGCCCGCGAAAAUAACUACUACCUGUCGCUCACCCACACUUCCGAGAGCGAGAAACUGCCUCUUGAAUACGUGUACAUGUCUGAAAACAAACAAUUGAACUCCGUCUUCGACCACUACGGGGGUGCCACUUUGAAACCUCUGUUGAGCGAAAGCGCCCGUUUCCUGUCGUUCUUGGCAUUCACCGACUUGCCUGAAACAAAGCCAAUUUCGGAUAAAUUGUGGGAGCGUUACCAACAACCAAGAUGCGUCAUUAGGACUAAGGUCGUGACUUCUGCUGCCGAUACCGCUUGUCUAAACAAACUAGUUAAGGCUGCGGUGGCCAUUGUCGAUGCUGCCACUCAGGACUACGUUCAGAACCCUGUCAAAGCAUUUGUCACCAACGACAUGUUGAAAAGAUCUGCUAAUCUACGUUCGCAGGAACUGGCGAAGAUCGUGAAGGUCAUGAAGCAGGCUGAAAGAGAGCUGUUGCAGGAAAAGAAGCAGGAGCUUGAGAGAGAGAAAAGACGUGAAUCUAGAAACAAAUUAAGCGGUGAAGAACAGGAUAAAGCCGAGCAGAAAAUGCGCGAAAGGAGGGAAAGACGCCAGCGCAACAAGCAAAAGAUGCGCAUGUGA